AUGGCGACGAGGAUAAAGAAAGUUCGGAUUCCACUAUACAUCUAUCUGUUCGCUCGAUACUUCGGCGCAGGUGUCAUCGUGGCGACUGCAUUCAUACAUCUCCUCGACCCAGCAUACGCCGAGAUAGGGCCAAAUACCUGCGUAGGCAUGACUGGUGGCUGGGCAGAGUACUCGUGGCCUCCUGCAAUCGCCUUGACAUCCUGCAUGGUCGUCUUCCUCAUGGAUUUCGCCGCCGAACGGUAUGUGGAGGAAAAGUACGGACUUGCGCACGGUCUCUCGGCGGAACAGACAGAUGCUGCUGCUGGCAUGCAGCGCCAUGGCUCCAUCGACGCCGCCGCACUACGAUACUCGAUGUCUCAUAGGCCGUCACAUCUGGCUGCAGCGCCACAUCACAGCCAUCAGCAUCUUCACUCCGGCGAGCAGGACUACCCUGCGCUCUCGCCAGCGAAUGCCCAGUCCACGGAAUCAAAGGAGCUUGAGAUGGGUAAUGGGAGCACCGAGGUGGGAAGUAUUGACAGCGAGAAAGAAAGGGCGGUCACUACGGCUUUUCAACAACAAAUUGCGGCAUUCUUGAUCCUGGAGUUUGGCGUGAUCUUUCACAGCGUGAUCAUUGGCUUGACGCUUGGCACUGCUGGAGCAGAGUUCUCCGUCCUGUACCCUGUCAUCGUCUUCCACCAGUCUUUCGAAGGCCUUGGUAUCGGCGCUCGUCUAUCAGCCAUCCCGUUCCCGAGACGACUCAGCUGGAUGCCAUGGUGGCUUUGUGCCGUCUAUGGGUUGACUACACCUAUCGCCAUCGCAGUGGCUCUGGGUGUGCGUACAACGUACAAUGCUGGCAGCUUCACAGCCAACAUCGUCUCUGGCGUGUUGGACGCGACCUCGGCUGGAAUCUUGUUAUAUACCGGCCUGGUGGAGCUGCUGGCGAGAGACUUCCUAUUCAAUCCUGAUCGUACGCACGACGAUCGUCGGCUGACUUUCAUGGUCUGCUGUGUUCUACUUGGCGCUGGUAUCAUGGCUCUCCUGGGCAAGUGGGCGUAG